AUGGGUGGAGGUAAAAGAAUUAUCGAUGAUGAACAUAGAAGCUUACCAAACUCUGUACAAAAUUCAAUUAAAGAAAUUAAAAAAAAAGAUGAUAAACAAGGUAUUCGUAUUGUAGAUAAAGAAGAUCGUGCAACAACAGAACAAGUAUUAGAUCCAAGAACACGUUUAAUGCUUUUUAAAAUGAUUAAUAAAGGUGUAUUUACAGAGAUUAAUGGUUGUAUUUCAACUGGUAAAGAAGCUAAUGUUUAUCAUGCAUUUACACACGCUGGUGAAGAACGUGCAAUUAAAGUUUACAAGACUAGUAUUUUGGUAUUCAAGGAUCGUGACCGUUAUGUAACUGGUGAGUUCCGUUUCAGACGUGGUUACAGCAAACAUAAUCCAAGAAAGAUGGUUAAAGUAUGGGCUGAAAAAGAGUUCCGUAAUCUUACACGUUUAAAGACUGCUGGUAUUCCAUGCCCAACUCCAUUACUCUUACGUAAUCAUAUUUUGGUUAUGAAUUUUAUUGGUAAGGAUGGUUAUGCUGCUCCACGUUUAAAAGAUGCCAACGUUAGUCAAGAUAAAUUUGCUGUACUCUAUCUCGAUUGUAUCAAAAUGAUGAGAACCCUCUAUCACAAAUGUAGAUUGGUUCAUGCCGAUCUUAGUGAAUACAAUAUGUUGUACUAUAAGAACACCCUUUACAUUAUCGAUGUAAGUCAAUCGGUAGAGCACGAUCAUCCACACUCUUUAGAUUUCCUUCGUAUGGAUUGCACCAAUGUCACCGAUUUCUUUAGAAAAAAGGAAGUAGCAACCAUGUUUAUUCAAGAACUCUUUGAAUUCAUCACAGAUUUAACUAUUACCGAUUCAAAUAUGGACGAAUAUUUAGAAACAAUGUUGGAAAAAAUUCAAUCUCGUGGUGAUAUGAGUGAUGAACAAAAAAUUCAAGAAUCCGUUUUUAGAAAUGCUUAUAUUCCACGUACUUUAGAUCAAAUUAUUGAUUUGGAUAGGGAUAUGACAAAGAUUCAAAAAGGUCAAGGUCAAGAUAUUUUUUAUCAAGGUGUUACAGGUUUAAAUAAAGAUUUAAAAAGUGUAAAAGAAAGACCAGAUAUCAUUGAUAAUGAGGACGACAAUAGCAAUUCAGACGAAGAUGAAGAUUCAGACAGCGAUUCCGAUGAUAACUCUGAUAGUGAUGAUUCAGAAAGUAUGGAUGAAGAAACAAAAACUAAAUUAGAGGAUAUGCCAAAGAAAGAUCGUAAGAAAUUAGUCAAAGAAAUGAACAGAGAAAGAAGAAAGAACAAAAUUCCAAAACAUAUCAAAAAAUUAAACAAAAAAAGAAAAGCAGAAAAAUAUGGUAAAAAAUCAAAAAAAUAA